CCCCCCGCCCCCCCGCGCCGGGCGGAGCCGGAGCCGAGCGGAGCCGGUGCCGGGGCGGCUCAUUGCGGCGCGGCGCGGCGGCAGCAUGGCCACCACCGUGCCCUGCACCCGUUUCACCGACGAGUACCAGCUCUACGAGGAGAUCGGCAAGGGAGCUUUCUCGGUCGUCCGGCGCUGCGUCAAGCUCUGCACUGGCCAUGAGUACGCUGCUAAGAUCAUCAACACCAAAAAGCUCUCAGCCAGAGACCACCAGAAGCUGGAGCGGGAGGCGCGUAUCUGCCGGCUGCUCAAGCACUCCAACAUCGUGCGGCUCCACGACAGCAUCUCUGAGGAGGGGUUUCAUUACCUCGUCUUUGACCUGGUGACGGGUGGAGAGCUCUUUGAGGACAUCGUGGCACGGGAGUACUACAUCACUGUGUCCAUGAGCUCUUUGCCCGCGUUCCUCCCACCCAUCACUUUGCCCCUGAGCAGAGGGAGCCGCAGCCACUGCAUCCAGCAGAUCCUGGAGGCUGUCCUGCACUGUCACCAGAUGGGGGUGGUCCACAGAGACCUCAAGCCGGAGAACCUGCUUCUGGCCAGCAAGUGCAAAGGGGCAGCAGUGAAGCUGGCGGACUUUGGCCUUGCCAUCGAGGUGCAGGGGGAUCAGCAGGCCUGGUUUGGAUUUGCCGGCACACCUGGCUACCUGUCCCCUGAGGUCCUGCGCAAGGAGGCCUAUGGCAAACCCGUGGACAUCUGGGCAUGUGGGGUCAUCCUGUACAUCCUGCUGGUGGGCUACCCGCCGUUCUGGGAUGAGGACCAGCACAAACUCUACCAACAGAUCAAGGCUGGGGCCUAUGAUUUCCCUUCACCUGAGUGGGACACAGUCACCCCCGAAGCAAAAAACCUCAUCAAUCAGAUGCUGACCAUCAACCCUGCCAAGCGCAUCACAGCCCACGAGGCCCUCAAGCACCCGUGGGUCUGCCAACGUUCUACCGUGGCCUCCAUGAUGCACAGGCAGGAGACAGUGGAGUGCUUGAAAAAGUUCAAUGCCCGGAGGAAGCUCAAGGGUGCCAUCCUCACCACCAUGUUGGCUACCAGGAACUUCUCAGUGGGCAGACAGACCACCGCUCCUCCCACCAUGUCGGCGGCCGCUGCCGGGGCCCCCCUGGGGCUGGUGGAACAAGCAGCUAAGAGCUUACUGAACAAGAAGGCGGACGGUGUGAAGCCCCAGACCAACAGCACCAAAGGCAGUGCUGGCGUCACCAGCCCCAAGGGGACCCUCCCGCCCACCGCUCUGGAGUCCUCCGACAGCACCAACACCACCAUUGAGGACGAGGACACCAAAGCCCGCAAGCAGGAGAUCAUCAAGAUCACGGAGCAGCUCAUCGAGGCCGUCAACAACGGGGACUUCGAGGCCUACGCGAAGAUCUGCGAUCCGGGGCUCACCUCCUUUGAGCCCGAGGCACUGGGCAACCUGGUGGAGGGGAUGGACUUCCACCGCUUCUACUUUGAAAACUGUGAGUACCCGACCUGCCUGUGCCCACCUGGCCACCUUGCCCGGCCUGCCCAUCUUCUCCGUGUCCCAGCCCAACCCGAUCCAUCCGGUGUCCCCGCCUGUCCCCCGUCUCUUGCCCACUGCCUGCCCAUCCUGGCCCCCUCGCCUCCCCUGCUGGGCCAUCCGUCCGCUGCGCUGCCCUUGUGCCUGCCCCUUCCCCUUCCAGUUCCUCCCCCGUUCCCUGCCCCGUCCGCCCGUGCGCGUUCCCUGCCCGUGCCAGCCGCGCUGAUCUCGGCCGCCCCGCAGUGCUCUCCAAGAACAACAAGCCCAUCCACACGACCAUCCUGAACCCACACGUGCACGUCAUCGGGGAGGACGCGGCCUGCAUCGCCUACAUCCGCCUCACCCAGUACAUCGACGCGCAGGGCCGGCCCCGCACCAGCCAGUCCGAGGAGACCCGCGUGUGGCACCGCCGCGACG